AUGGAGUGUGCGAGACCUUCAACUCGAACUGAUCGUUCUCUUGCCUUCACGCCCCUACGCCAUGCCCUUGCAGACCCGUGCACCACCAUGGUGUGCGACGCCCAUGCCUCGUGCGUCAAGGAGGUGGGCCAGCUGGCCACGUGCGUCUGCAACUGGGGCUUCGCCAUGACGCCCGACCAAGGCUGCGUCGACACGUGCACGCUGAAGGCCUGUGUGGACGGCACGUGCAGCAAGGACAGCGUGACUGGGGCGGCCGCCUGCUCCUGUGACGCCGAGGCUGGCUUCAAGCUGCAGCUUGACGGCAGGACGUGCAAGGGUACGUGGAAGGCAGGACGUGCAAGGGUACGUGCUGAAUAUGCUGCGAGCUGCUGUGACGUGUGCAUCAUCGAGGGCUGUGAGGUCAAAGACGCCAAUUCCAAGUGUGUGAGGAAUCUGGACGUGGCCCACUGUGAAUGCAAGACCACCUUCCAGCUGUUCCAGGGCGUAUGCACUGACACGUGUGUGGUGAAGGCGUGUGAUGGCGCGUGCACCCAUGACGCCGACGGAGCGGCAUCCUGCCAUUGUGACGCCGACGCUGGCUUGGUACUGCUGGAGGACGGCAGGACGUGCAAAGAUGUGUGCGUCAUCAAGGACUGUGAAGGCAGUGAUGCCAAUUCCACAUGUGUCAAGAAUGGCAUCGUCGCAACCUGUAUCUGCAAGACUGGAUUCGAGAUGUUUGAGGGCAAAUGCACUGACACGUGUGAGGUGAAGGCGUGUGUGGAUGGCACGUGCAGCAAGGACGUCAAAGGAACGGCAUCCUGCCAUUGUGACGCCGACGCUGGCUUGGUUCUCCUGGAGGACGGCAGGGCAUGCAAAGAUGUGUGCAUCAUCAAGGACUGUGAAGGCAGUGAUGCCAAUUCCACGUGUGUCAAGAAAGGCAUCGAUGCAACCUGUGUCUGCAAGACUGGAUUCCAGCUGUUUGACGGCAAAUGCACUGACACAUGCGAGGUGAAGGCGUGUGUGGAUGGCACGUGCACCAAGGACGUCGACGGAGCGGCAUCCUGCCAUUGUGACGCCGACGCUGGCCUUGUUCUGCUGGAUGACAUGCGCACGUGCAAAGACGUGUGCGUCGUCGAGGACUGUGAGGGCAAGGACGCCAGUUCCAUGUGUGUGAGGAAUCGGGACGUGGCUCACUGUGAAUGCGUGAUCAAAUACGAGCUGUUUGAGGGCAAAUGCACUGACACGUGCAAGGUGAAGGCGUGUGUCAAUGGCUUGUGCCGCCAGAACAGCAUCACUGGAGCAGCAUCCUGCCAUUGUGAUGCCGACGCUGGGUUUGUACUGUUGGAGGACGACAGGACGUGCAAAGUCGUCUCCUAUUUCCAGAACUUUGUCGUCUUCAUUCUUCAUCUCUGUUUCACCCUCCGUGCAGAUGUGUGCAUCAUCAAGGACUGUGAAGGCAGUGAUGCCAAUUCCACGUGUGUCAAGAAUGGCAUCGUUGCAACCUGUGUCUGCAAGACUGGGUUCAAGCUGUUUGAGGGCAAAUGCAUUGGUAUGCUUGCCCUUCCUGCCACCACCCCUCUCCUGCCGGCUCAGGGGCUGCCUCUCGACGUGCGUGAGGAGGCUGGACGGGAUUCCCUUCUGCAUUUGCAACAAGGGGGUCCCGCUGACCACCAAGGCUUGCGUUGCUUAUCUCUUGCAUAUUCAUCUACUUGUUCGUCUCCCCCUUCAUCAGGCAAGGUGCCCUCAGCAUAG